AUCCCAUCUGUUGUAAUGAAAACGAUCCCCUAACGUAUUGGAAUGAAAAUGAUCCCACCUCUUAACAAUUAGCUAUAAUAUCCCAUAUGUUGAGAUAUAAUAUCCCACCUCUAAGUAGUUAGUAAUAUAUAUACCCAACAAAUACGAUCAUACGUAUCAAUCAGCUCGAGUUUCUCAGUUGUUUUUCCCGAGACCAAAAAGAAAAGAAGAAGUGAGAAUCAAGUGACCGGACGCAAUGUCUCUCGGCCGCUUAUGUUUCCUGGUUCUCAUAAUCAUUGCCUCGUCAGCCUGUACCAUCAACGGGGGCAGUGACGUGGACUUCCAGGUCAUCAACAACUCCCCGACCACCAAAGGCGGAGCCCGAUUCAUGCACGAAGUCGGACUCAACUAUACAAGGUACAAAAUGGCGGCGGCCUCGCAGUUCAUAUGGCAGAACAUCUUUCACCAAUACAAGCCUUGCGACAGAAGAAACUACCAGCAGGUGAAGCUGUUCAUCAACGUAUUCAACGCCUCAAAAGUGGCCUACACGGGCAGCGGCGAGAUCUACUUCAGUGCUAAUUACCUAGAGAAGUGCCCCACCCGCUACCUGCGAAGGGAGUUCACGGGGAUAAUGUACCGCGAGAUGGUGCGUGUGUGGCAAUGGAACAGCGGCGGCCAGGCUAAUCCUGGGUUGAUAGACGGGAUAGCCAAUUACGUGCGCAUGAAGGCAAAUCUUGCACCGGUCGGUCAGUAUGCCAAAACCAGGUGUAGUGGCAGAUGGGACCAGGGUGGGGACGUUACAGCCAGGUUUUUGGAUUAUUGUGACAGCUUGAGGAAAGGGUUCGUAGCGAAUCUGAAUAUGAAGAUGAAGUACAGCUACAACGACAACUAUUUUCAGCAACUGUUAGGAAAGAGUGUGAAUCAGGUUUGGCGGCAGUAUAAGAAAAAGUACAACCGUGGCUAAACUGCUGGUAAUCAAAUGUGUCACAUACUCACAUACGCGAUUUUGCACCGUCAUCGGAGCAUGACAAACAAAUUUUAUGUUCCAGU